AUGACCAACUGGGGCUUUGUCUCGCGUGUGGUGCUCGGCACGGUGACGCUCGGCGUUGCGUCUGCCGCCGGGCUGCUGUUUGUGUACCAGCGCGGGCUGAUCUACCCCUCUUCGUUCCCCGAGGGCUCGCGCACGGAGGUCGACACGCCCGAUCGCUACGAUUUGCCGUUCAACGAGUACCGUCUCGCGACGCCGGACGGGGAGAAGCUGCAUGCGUACGUCAUGCUCCAGAAAGGCUCGGACGGUGCGGAUGAGGACGGCGUGGCGAAGCAGCGGCCGACGAUUCUCAUGUUCCACGCGAACGCGGGCAACAUGGUGCGUACAAUGAAACUGACGCAGGGCCACCGCCUGCCGCUUGCGGUCGUCUUUUACCGCCGCAUGGGCUGCAAUGUCGUGAUGCUGUCCUACCGUGGCUACGGUCUGUCGUCCGGCGAGGCGUCCGAGAUGGGCCUGCGCAUCGACGCUCAGACGAUGCUCGACUGGAUGCGCGCGCACCCCACGCUCUCCCGCACCGACAUUAUCGUCUACGGGCAGAGCAUCGGCGGUGCGGUCUCGAUCGACCUCGCGGCGCGCAACCCCAAGAGUGUGCGUGGUGCGAUUCUGGAGAACACGUUCCUGAGCAUCCCCCAGCUCAUCCCGACGCUCCUGCCGCUCCUCGGCCCCUUUUCGUUCCUGUGCCGCGAGCACUGGCCCUCGUUUGAGUCGGUGCAAAAGGUCCCCAAGACCACCCCGGUGCUCUUUCUGAGCGGCGGCAGCGACGAGCUGGUCCCGCCGAGCCACAUGCGCGAGCUCUACGAGCGCUGCCCCAGCACCCGGAAGGAGUUUCACUUGUUCCCUGGCGCGAUGCACAACGACACGUGCCUCGACCCCAAGUACUUUGACAUCAUUGCGGCCUUCCUACUGAAGUACAUCAUCGACCCCAACGAGGUGCAGGAGGCCGAUGAGGUCAAGACCGAGAAGUUCGCACACGCCGUGGAUCCCGAUGAGGACUGGAUCCAGGCCGCGGAAGAGCGCAAGUCGAAUUUGUAG